UUUAACAAAAUUUAACCUCGAAACUUGAAUGUAUGUUCCGCUUUGUUUUUAUGUUAUGAUUUAUGAUACUUUUCGUUGACACAGCAAGAAAGUAACAUGGGAAACGUUACGAAGUCGUAAACUAAACAUUAUAUCUGCCCUUUUAGUUAAUAUUUAGAGAUAAGAAUCAUUUUUAGAAUAUGAGCAUUGAGACCAAUUCCAGCGAUAAAGACUUUGAAGAUGAUGAGAGGGACAAGGAUUUUAACGUAGAAGAUUAUCGAGAUAACUCGGAUGAUUCUUCCGAUGGCACGGUGGAGAAGGGUAAAGAUGAAGAAAAAACAAAGGACGACGCAGAAAAAGAGUACGUUGGUCCGAUUCUCCCUGGAGGUCAUAGAUUCGAUAAAAAAUUCCUGUGUAUAAAAUAUCCCGGAAACGUGGAAAAUCCAGAAAAAGCCAUCGAAACUUUAGGAGGGAUAACUACAAUUUCUACAACUGUGAGUACACGCAAUAGGAGAUUGGAACUUCAUUUUAGACCAGGUGAUGGUUAUUCCAAACCAGCCUGCGGCAAUAGGCACGAGACGUCAGCUUUUCUGCUACGAGUUAGAAUAAAGAAAAAGAGAGUAAAGAAUAUAGAAGAAGCUAAAUUGAAUGCUCGAUCCAAAGUAGAGAUAUUGCAAGAUAUGAGAGAUGAUGUCGAACGAAAUGAUACAGCUGCUCUGCAUCCAGAGCUUUAUCCAGAUAUUUCAUAUAGAACAAAGUUCUUGGACACAGCUGAGGAUAAGAUUGACGAGGAAUCUUUUGCAAAAGAUCUUUUGAAAAAAGUUCGUAAGUGGAAGGUUGAUGCACAAGAUGAAAACGUAGAAACUGUUUUAAAAGCUGUGCCUGAUGAAUGGGAUCCUGACUAUGAAAAACCAAAAGGGGUUAGUAAUUAUAGGGAACGGUUUCAUCAGAAUAUCAUCGAUGGAAAGUUUAGAGAUGUAGAAAAGAUGUCUCCAAACAAUCCUAGUUUCGAUGGCAGCCUUGAAGAAAGUGUAACAAACAGUAAGGGAUCAAAUUUAAUUCCCGAAAGUCAGGAGUCCAAUAGUAAAUUAAAAAACAAAAUGAUUGUGAAAUCUAAUACAUGCGAUGGUGUGAAAAAAGACUGUAAGAAGGAAGACAAAAUUAAAAAAGACAUAUUGUCUAAUAUCGAAAGAAAUAAAUUUGAUGACUUGUCACAGGAUGAGAGCUAUGAGUUAUUAAAGGCAAAGGUUUUAGGACGAGUUGAUACAGAAUUUCGAUUCACAAGUCUCUGUGAUUUUCAGUACUUACCGAUUACCAAAAAAUUCAAUUCUAAGGAAAAUGAGUGCAUAUAUGAGAAUCUAUAUCCAACAAAUGUUCCAACAUUCGAUUGGUUGUUGAAUGAUGUUCCAUAUUUUCUGCCACCACCGGCUUUCAGUCGGAUGGACAAUGUUCAAAAUUAUGUGCCAAAGACAGAACCCGAUGAAAUCUUAAAAGACACUGUAAUUGGAAAAACUAGAAAGCGCCGAGGAGGUUUUUCAAAUUAUAUUCAUUUCAACUCCGAGGAGGUUCCCAGAAAGCCACCGAAGGGCAUCGAAACUGCUAUGAAAGUGAAAUUCAUCCAGGAGCCUCACGUACAGAAGAUGGUGGAGCUCUUCGAAGAAAGACCAAUCUGGUCGAAGAAUGCUAUAAUUUAUAUAACAAAGUUCUCCGAAGAUCAGCUUAAAAUUUUGCUACCAGUUGUUGCUUACUACUUUAUGUCGGGUCCAUGGAGAAUCAUGUGGGUUAAAUUAGGUUACGAUCCAAGAAAAGAUCCUUCGGCUAGACAGUACCAGACUCUGGAUUAUCGGCUGAAAGCUAUGCACGGUCUCGCAUCGAAUGUUAAAUGUAAGAGGGGCUACUCAAAUUAUAUUUUACCAUAUAAAUCUACUCCAAUUACAAGACACAAAACCAUGGUAUUAACCAAAAUUCAAGAUCGAAGUCGAAAGAAUGAAAGACGCAUGCAUGAAAAUGUUUACAUCUAUCGAGAGGGUUAUGUACCGCCUUCUCGUCAAAUGUUUUAUCAGUAUUGCGAUGUUCUGGUAGAUGAAAUUCAGGAAAUGUUAGCAAAACUUCCCGAUCCAGCAACUACUGGGGUAGAAUGUCAUUCGAAGAUGGGUUGGUUACCCAGUGGGUUCGAUGAUCAGUGUCGAGAGAUCAUCAAUCGACAUGUUCGAGCAGUUUUGAGGAAGCGCAUGAAUAUUCCUGAGGAUCAUCCUACUGCGUUACCUCGAAAGCAAAAGUAUGGGGCCAGAUUAACCACUGGGCGUUGUGUAAAUAGAAAGAAAAAGAAGAGAAACUCUAAGGAGAGUCACGAAAAUUCACAAACUGUGUCGAUGGAUUUUGAGGAGCGAUCCGAUGAAGAUUGGGAAGAUAUCGAUGAUCCUGAUUAUCCCAUCCCAAGUUCGAGUGUCAGCAAGAAAGUGCCUCCGUUGCCUUAGAUCAUGAUUCGAAGAGACGCAGGGAGAUUCAAUUGAGGUCUACAGCCUAUGGACGGGG